AUGGCGCUGCUGCGGCCCGGGCUCUGCGCCGGCCUCACGGCCGAGAUGGCGCCGCUGCUGCGGGCGAGCGGGCUGCGCACGGUGGUGGACUUUGUCUCGUCAGACCUGGAGGACGUUGCACAGAAGUGUUCCCUGUCUUACAAGGCCCUGGUUGCUGUGAGACGUGUGCUCCUGGCCCAGUUCUCAGCCUUCCCUGCCAAUGGAGCAGACCUCUAUGAGGAGCUCAAGAGUUCUACAGCCAUCCUGUCCACAGGAAUCUCAAGCUUGGAUAAACUGCUGGACUCUGGGCUGUACACAGGGGAAGUGACGGAGAUCAUGGGAGUGCCUGGCAGUGGGAAGACACAGGUGUGCCUCAGCAUCGCAGCCAGCGUGUCCCUUGGCCUCAAGCAACACGUUCUGUUUCUUGACUCCACGGGGGGAUUCACAGCCUCCCGCCUCCACCAGAUGCUUCAAGCAGAAGCAGAGGACGAGGAAGAACAGCUGGAGGCUCUGCAGAGGGUUCAGGUGGCUCGAGUGUUCAACAUCUAUGAAAUGCUGGGAGCCUUGCAGGAGCUUCGGGACAGCUUUUCCCAGCAGGUUAUGAGCUGCAUGGGGCCUCUCAAGGUUGUGCUGAUCGACUCGGUUUCAGCUGUGAUUUACCCGCUGCUGGGGGGCAAACAGUCAGAGGGCUUGGCCCUCAUGAUGCAGCUGGCCAGGGAGCUGAAGAUGCUGGCCAGGGAGUUCAGCCUUGCAGUUGUGGUGACUAACCAGGUGACAAGGGACAGUGGCACUGGCCCCUUGAAGCCAGCCCUCGGCCGCUCCUGGAGCUUCGUACCUAGCACCCGGGUGCUGCUGGAGAGCAAGGAGGUGGCCUGGGAGAAGGGCGGCAUGCAGCGUGUUGCCUCCCUUGCAAAAUCGCCCCGGCAGCCAACAGGGAUCCAGGUGCAACUGGAUAUUGGGAAUAGUAAUGGACAAGGCGGGAGCCCAGCAACAACCACACAGGGGAUGUGAUGCAGGUGGAAAAGCAAAUAUUAAGGUCCAAGAUAGCUGCAAGAAGAGUUUGCCAGCACACUGCAGGUUUCAAAUGGACUCCGUGGUCUGGAUGAGGUGAGGGGGAGGUCCAGCAGCCCUGGAAGGACCAAGAGGAAGAAGCUGUUCUCUGCUGGGGAGAAAAUGAAUUGAGGAGGUCCUGGGGGUCCUAGCCCAGCAUGUGCAGCCUGCUCGGUGGCAGUGUUGCCAGUGCUGGUGCAGGUUCAUCUCUCAUCAUCACAGGUGGCUCUGAGGAGUUAGUGUGAGACCAUCUGGCUGCUCACUGUGUAAACCUGAGACUCCUUGGGACUCAGGGAGAGUUUUGUUCCUCCAUAACUUGCUGUUUUCUCAGUGUUCUGACCUUACUUGGGCCAUCCCAUAGGGGUUUUGAAUGAGGAAGAGCGUGCUGUUGCAGUUGUCAAGAGUUGGAAUUCGAUUAAUGACUUCUACUGUGUCUUAAUUAAACUUUUUAAGGGCA